AGGUAGUAUACGAUUGAAUCAAUCGACAAGUGUUGACAAAGAAGAAGAUGCUGUUAGCAUUGAACUGCGAGAAGCUGUUGCUUUGACAUUUGCAGUUCGUUAUUUGAACAUGUUUUGUAAAGCAUCACCAUUAUCAAAUCAAGUCAAUUUGAGUAUGUCGGAAGAUACUCCACUUAUGUGUGAGUUCAAAGUUGGUGAUAUGGGUCAUAUUCGAUUUUAUCUAGCACCAAAAAUUGAGGAUGCAGAAAAUUAA